GCGCAGAAACUCCUAUUGAAUUGCUUACUAUGUAGUGCACUGAAAUAGGGGAUAGUAGACAUUCAGGAUACAGCCAGCUCAACAGUUUAUUCCAGAGCCGGAAGUAGUUAAAACUGGCGCCGUGGUUAAAAAACAAAGCCGCGUCCACGCUGUUCAACGCGGUAGGAGGUUAAAGCGGAAACAUGGGCGGCCUGGAAAUACUAUAGACCCUCAUAUAAUUCAUUACAACUAACUUUACAAUGGAAGUUUCAUCUCUUAUUAAAAAGCUCGCUCACUCAUUAGUGGAGAUCCGAGUGCGCUCCCUGAGGAACAUUGUCUCUAAGCUUCAGCUCAGCCUCGUCUCCCCCGCUGAUCUUGUUCAGGAGCGGCAGCUCUUCAUCAACCUGCUGCACUGGUUUAACUUCCCUGAAGUCCCGCUGCAGGAGGAAGUUUUGCAGCUCAUUAACACACUCGCUACGCACCCAACCGGAGCCCACAUGCUUAGAGAUGUAGGAGGAGUGGACUUUCUAACGCAGCUCUCGUCCAACGUUGACCCCGAGCUUCGAACUCUCACCGAAACCAUCCUGGACCAGCUCUUCCACCUUCAUAUUAACUCACCGAGCACUCCCUCGAACCAGCAAUCGAGCUCCUCUUUUCAGCCCGUGGAGGAGAUGUCAGUUAGAGGAUAUUUCCAGCAAAACGCACCGAGCCAAGCAGAUGCUGCACCGCCGCCCAGUGUAUCAGUGAACACCUCGGUCAGAUGCUUAACGUUUUCAGUUUUCCCCUGGUUGUCCUUGACUGCAACUGACAGACACAUAUUAUCAUCAAAUGAAAGCUCUUUGAGAAGCGAUAAUCCAGACUUGGUCCGGACCACCUGCGAACUUCUGAGAGACGUCAUCAUGCAGGAUUUCCCAGCAGAAAUAUUCCUGCAGCGGCCAAGAAUAGUGCAAAACUUGGUGCAGCUUCUCGGCGUGAGCUCCGCGAACGAUUCCAGCUCGUUGGCUCUGCACGCUCUGGCCUGUCUUCAGCAGCUCUGCGGAAACCUGAAAAGUCGGCUGGGUUUUCACAGAGAUCCCAGCUUCUGCUCAGCCAAGCACGAUCCCCUCUCUCAGAACUCCUCAGCAUCCUAUCCUCAGGAGAUGAGAGGGACCCAGAGGUCAGGGCUUUCGACCCCGGAAGAUUUGUCUCCCCGCCCUUCUGUUUUAGGACGUCCCGGUAUGAGAGUUCGAGGGGACGGACAAGACAGAGAUGCCGCCUCCACCAGAAACAGCAGCAGCAGCAGCAGCAGCAGCAGCAGCUCUCAGAGAGAAUUCCCCCCCGGGCCCAACCUGGAGCCGGAGGGUGAGGAUCUGCCGGAGCUCCGGGUGCAGCAGUGGAACAUGGCCAGAUUUUGUAUGGAGACCCUACAGCACACACUUCCUCUUCUCAGUACAGAGAAGAUGAAGGUGUUCCAAAAGGCGCUGGAGCUGCUGUCGGACAUCGUCGCGUUGCUGUGGGUCAUCGUGUCCCCGCAUGAGCUGUGGGACGAGUGCAGCAUCACCGCGAACGAACUGAGAGAAAAGCUGCGGGUGUGUAUGGAAAAACUGGGAGACAUCAUGCACCAUCACUGUCAGGUAGCAUCGUCAGAACAACCCGACUCGAGUCUGAUUCACCACCGCAUGUCCUACAUGGGCACGUCGGUCUUCACCAUUCGCCUUCUGCAGGCCCUCCUACCUGUGGAGAAGGCAAGCGAGAACAUUCCUGAGAGCACAGCGUCUGCUAUUUUCCAACUCUGUCUGGAUUUCCCCUUCAGUCUCGCAUUUCCCAGCAUUCACGAGUCAGCAGUGGCCUACCUGGAGCAGUCAAACCCGGAAAACCAUAGCCUGUACUGCAGAGUCAGCCGGGCUGCAAACACAAUGGAGGCCACCUGUUCCUUUCUGAAGGAGGUACAGGCUGAGGGAGAAAAAAAUUGGCUGGAGCUGCUGGAGCUUUCCGGCCAAGCCGUAGAUGGCUUUCCAUACCACCAGCACCUACCGCUCGUCAAGGAAUUCAUCCGCAUCUGCUCCUACCUGUGGAAGGCUGCUCAGGCGAGCCCACUGCUUCAAACGGAGAGCCAGAAGAUUCUUCUUAAGCUUUUAGCACAUCCUUUGCUACCAGUGAAGACUGAGACGUACGCACGCAUCCUGGACGUGGUCAAGGAGUGUUUGGGGAUUCACAACGUGUCAAGACCAGCUUCAUCCAUCUGCAGCGGCGUGCAUUUCCUCUUCCACCCUCGCGUCCUCUACGAAAUCAGCGCUUUCGGCCUUCACGAUCAAGCCACAGAGGUGAAUUCGGCUGCCAAGGAUCUUCUUCUGUACCUGCUAAAAGGACGAUUGAUGAUGACUGCUUUGAGUUGGAGCAGAUUUAAUGAAGCACUUUACCCGGUCAUUCCCGUGCUGCAGAGUCACGCCGGCACGGAGGAUGCCCUGGGAAGCAGCGUCCUGCUGUUGAGUGGGCUCUCAGACGAGAUCGGAGACACGGCCCAUUCCUCGGCAACUCGACUCCGCGUCGUAAUCAGACUGCUCUUCACCAAACAACACGUAGUGAGAAGCACGGCAGCUCAACACCUGGCGCCUCAUCUGGACGAUUCGGAAGACAACAAAACACCCCGGCCUGCUGCGGACUGCUCGGCUUUGUCCUCUCUGCCGUCUCUCUACAGUACGGACAAAUGUGUGGACAUCAGACUCGCUGACUCCAAAAAGUCUUUCCUUAAGGUGGAGAGUGUUAAGAAGCUGUACAGUAUCUUUACCUCGGAGACGGUGGACAUGGUAUUGCGCAAAUCUGCAGCCGAACAGCUGGUGGUUGUUUUGCAGGACAUCGCAAUGCACACUGUACUGAAGACACAGGGACUGACUGACAAACUCGUGUCUUUGCUAACAGAAAGCGUGAACAGCAGUGGAGGGUCCGUCGAGUGUCUGUGCGAGCCGAGCAUCACUAUGCUGAGAAAGUUAGUAUACGCAGAUCCGUCUGUGCGUCACACACUGGCUCAACGACCAGCUUUCCUCCUCACUCUGCUCCGAGCCUCACUGCUGCUGAAGGCCAAUCAGAGAGACGUGACUGAAGCCGCAGCAUUAAUGUGUUUCCUGGUUUUCGAUGAGGUCGCUACAGUAGAUGUCACUGGGAAAGCCGACACAGAUACAGCGUUCACUCCGUUCUCUCUGCCGCUCUGCAUUAUCAGAAGGUAUAAUCUGCCGUUCCGAGCUGCGUCUCACCACGCGGUGAGUCCCAACUGCAUCGUUCUUCCUCGUUAUGCUGAUCUGAUGGAGCUGAGAGCUGCCAAGGAGGCACUGAGCUUCAGCUGGAACAGAGCCUGGUACUGCGGCACCGACGCACUGCUCGCAUGCGGGAGAACCGCCGGCGCUCCGACACCCGAGUUCCACUCGGAUCUGGCGAUGUCGGAAUCCCAGGUCGCGUCGGUGCGAGUGUGCGAUUUGAAAGCGGGCCUCGAAGAGUGCGUCAAUGCCAUUCGCUCUGCUGGAUCACACACCGGGGUCACCUUCGCCCUGACCAGAAUGCACCUUUACCUCCUGACCGAUCAGCUGGCUCUCAAACGCAACACACACUCCGCCGAGAGCACACUGCGAACACUCCAGUGGCGUGAAGCUGUAAAGAGAUUUCUCCAGGUGAAACCUGCUUGCCCUGACGACGAGAUGCUGCUAGGGGACAUUGUUUCAUUCCUGAACACCUUCUUCAAGCAUCGACGGUCCGAUUCUGACGAUCUGGACCUAAAAUGGCUGCUAGAAUUAGUUCUGAAAGGGGACACACACGUCCUGCUGGACCUGCUGCUGGAAGUGAAGACUCACACGGACCCUCAAAGACACACCACGACUCAGCACAGCGGACAUCAGCUACAGAAAGAACUGAGCUCACUGUUCAACACACUGCUGCUGCGCCUCACUCACACCUCCGACAGGACGUGUACGCUCCUGUCCGGCCUGUUAGUAUCAGAGUUUGCUGUGCGUCUGCUGCAGUGUCUUCGUGUAUCAGAUGCCCCGCGUUUUUACGGCCUUCCCUCUCUGGAGCGAUGUCUACACAGCAUGACACACGCUAGCGCUCUGCCCGGCUGGAGCACUCACACAAGCAGCAUGGAGCCACACACACUCUGCCAGAAAUACCUUAGCGGCCUGCUUGAGGUAAUCUCCUCUUUCUAUGUGGAGUGGGGAGGGAAUGCGAUGUCCUUCAUGGGAAAAGGUGUGACCAAGAAUGCAGUGAUCUCCCUGCUUCAUCUGUCCCAUGAGAUGAUAUCUGAGAGCAAGGAGAAGGACUGGAUGUCUCUCUGGUCUCUCGGGCCUGAACAGAGUGCUGAUGAUCCGUGUUCAGCUCAGUUCGGCCUCACUUGGUUAAUCCCACUGUGGGUGGAUCGUGACCCAGAGGUGCGCUGCGCCAGCCUGGCGCUGGGCGCGGCUCUCUCUUCGUUAGAAAGCGGCUGUGUGAUCUUGUCGAAUAGCUGCCAGAACAUCUCAGGAGGUUUGUGGGCGACGCUGCUCAACAUCCUGCUGGAGAGACAGGAGUGCAGCAUGGUGCGCCGAGAGGCAGCGUUUCUUCUGCAAAACCUGCUUGUGAUGCCGAUGCCUGCAAACACCGAGGAGGCCAAAGACUGCUUCUGGCAGAGCCCAUGUGUUCAUGAUGAAGGCUCGGGCGUGUCGUUGGUAGGUCUGCCGGCCCUGCAGGCUCUUCUCUAUCACUGCCAUUUUUUUGCUCAUGUGGCUCAGAUGGUGAGGAGUUGCUACACGGGUCGUUACACUCCGACACACCCUCGGCUCAGCAGCGCCUCUGCUGAUGACUCUGUGAAGCAGUGGAGAGGGAGUACAGCUGCACUGAAUCCCACCCAGGGUUCCGGAUCAAUUUCCACCUCCAGCACUUUGCUCCUGAGUGACACUCGUUCUCCCGUCCUCUCCUCCUCUGUAACAGCACAGGAGCCUCCAUUGAACAGACUCAGCAUACAAGGCCAGAGCGAGUCCGACUGCUCCGACUCACACCUGUCUGAGGAGUGUGUAGGCGGAUCAGAGAGAGUCUCUGUAGUAACCCCUCACCUACUGUCAGCUGUGUGUGGCUUAUUAACCAACCUGCUGUGUGUUCUGCCCGAGUUUACACACACCGCACUUCGAGAGAACCACAUCCUGCAGGGCUUGCUCAGUGUGUUGGAUGUAGUGGAGCUCGAGCGAUGCCUGACUGAGCUUAACACACCCGACCUCCUUCCUGCUGAUGAGACGGAUGCCAGGAGCCAGGUGCAGAGCAGUGUGUGUUACAUGCGGAGUGUGUGUAAGCUGGUUCAGGCCGUCGUUGUGCUCAGCGAGGAUUUUCUCUCCCAGUCAGAGCUCAUUGAACCUCUGCUGCAUAACCUGAUCUCCAUCCUCACACUCUCUCACACACCCCUCGACGUGCAUACCCAGAAUGCAUUGCUGAACACCUGGACAGAUGUGUUUACGCUGCUGGCGAGUCUGCUGCGCAGGAACUACGCCGCUUGCGGCCCACAUGUGCGCGGGACUCUGGGGAAACGCUGGCAGCACUUCUCAGACACCGUCCGUGCCUGUGUGGACCAGUGCGGCUCGGAUUCGUCGCUCUACACGGCGUCUGCGCAAUUCCUCUGCGUGCUGUUUUCCGAAGAGGCAAAGAAGAGAGGCACGGGCGAAGACAAGUCGGCUUCUCUAACCGUCGCUCUGAAUACUGAGUCAGGAGAGAAGCUCUGUGGAUUGCUGCUGGAGCAAUAUGAAAAAACUCCGUUCCACGACCCUCUGAAGAAGGUCACGGCAAAGGUCCUGAUGUCUCUCCUUGCCUGCAGCUCCAGCGCUCAGAGUUACGCCUGUAAAGCGGGUCUUAUCGACAGCUGUGUGGAACAGAUGAAGCAGAUUCACUCUCAGCUUCACCUGGAGUCUGUCAGGCCAGGCAAAACCACACACAGGAAAAAGGACGAAAACGGCAUGAAGGAGCUCCGGAUGGUGUUGGAGAUCCUGAGGAACUGUCUGUAUCAGCAUAAAGAAUGUAAAGAAGUAGCAACAGAUUUAAAGCUCUCUUCUGUCGUGCUGUCGCUUUGGCCGUGGCUCGUUCUGAACGACUCGGGCACGAGUGCAGCGUUAGAGCUGCUGUGUGUGUACACGGCAAACUGCACUGGAGCGUGCAGCGCCGUAUGUGGUAGUUCCACUCACUCCGCUUUACCUCGAAAUCCUGUGACGAACUCUCUGAUGCAUGCGGUGAUGAAGCUGGCGUCGCAGGUUCCUCCUGACAACAGCAGCAUCCAUGCUCUUUCUUUCUCUCUGCUCGCUAAUCUGUCCGUCUCCAGAGACUGCCGAGGCCUCCUACAGAAGAGCAACUUCCUGCAGCAUUUCCUGUCUCUCCCGGUGCCUCGGGUGAGCGUUAAAAGCAGCAAAAGCAGCACCACAGCAGUGGUUCUGUGUCAGUGGCUCCAGCUGAUGCUGAACAUCUCUUUCGAAGAAGACGGCCAGCAGAUGAUCAUGAAGAUGCGAGGAGCUCUGGAGAUGCUGACUGAUCUGGCUCAGGGCAAACACGGCGAUCAGAAACACAUGGCUCUGCUCAUCCUCCAUAACAUCUGCUUCUGCUCGGCCAACAAACCCCGAGUCCUGUCCUGCGACAAAGCCGUAGAGCUGCUCGUGUCGUGUUUGGACAGCGGCUCAUUAAACGUCCGUGCUCUCGGAGCUUCAGCACUGUGGGCUUUACUGCACAACUAUCAGAAGGCAAAGGUGACCCUGAAGUGUCCCUCCAUCAGACUGAAAGUGGACACAGCAUACACACUCGCUCAAAAAGGUGCGGAAUCAAAAACCGAAGAGAACACGAACACAUAUUUAUUGAAAUGCCUCGAACAUCUCAAUCGCCUUUUAAACACAUGAGCCGCUCAGGUGUAACAGACGACACGGACAAUGUGAAUUUAUAUUUUAUAUAUAUAUAUAUAUAUAUAUAUAUAUAUAUAUAUAUAUAUAUAUAUAUAUAUAUAUAUAUAUAUUUCGCAUUUUUUGUUGUUCCUUAUUUCAAAAUAUUUGAAGAUGCCUGACAUGAAUGUUAUUUAAAUCAUGGCUUCUCUAGUCUGCAAUAAAUGUUUUAAUGGUU